UGAUAUGAUCGCGAGGCUGUUCUUCCUUCGUGGACUGAUGAUGAAGCUUUUGAGGAGGGGAUCUGCUCUUUGAUGAUUGGUCAUUUACGGCAAACUCUGCUUCUUCUUCAUUUAAAUGCUUGUUGCUGCCUCCUUCACGUCUUGGAUCCAUCAUAUUGUUGCAUGUAUGGGAGCAGAGGUUGCUUUGGAUGUUGUACUAAGCCCUCUCCAAUUAUUGCGGUGGAUGAGCCUUCAAAGGGACUAAGAAUUCAGGGAAGGACUGUAAAGAAACCCAGUUUGUCUGAGGAUUUUUGGAGCACAAGCCCUUAUGAGAUGGAUAAUAGUGGAGUCCAGUCACAAAGAAGCAUUUCGUCAAUAAGCACUUCAAACCAAAAUCCUGAUCCUCACAGUGGACAAUGCAGCACAGGCCCCACUGAAUUUGUUAACCACGGUUUCCUUCUGUGGAACCAGAUUAGGCAGGAGUGGGUUGGGAACAGGCCAGCUGAAAAUCGUACCCCACAGGUGCGAGAACCAAGGCUAAGCUGGAAUGCUACAUACGACAGUUUAUUGGGGACUAAUAAGCCUUUUCCUCAGCCCAUCCCUCUCUCUUGCUAAAAAAAAUGCCAGUCUGACUCAAGACUCGUCCAAGUCAGACCAGAUCAGAAGCUAUUGAGUUUCACUGUUUUUUAUAAACCCGAGCCGGACCAAGGGACUUGGGAUGAGGACCCUACUGAGUCCACACAUGAGUCCAACUUUUUAGUCACUGCUAUCAUUUAUAUGUUACAUCCAGAAUAUGUGCCUGUCUAAUUGUGAUUCUGAUGUUCUCAUUUUUCAUCUGAAUAUGUGCUCUCUACAAUGCUCUGUGUAGAAGCCAUACUAGGGCCAGUUUAGAUACCGCCCAAAGUUGUUUUAUUGUGGCGAUAUUUGAAUAUUGAUGUAACAUGGUUGAAUAUAUCGUUUGGAUAUUUCACCAUGGAUGCCCUUUAAUAAUGCAAAUAGAUUUUACACAGACAUUAAUUUUUUGCUGUUGGAAUGAAAAUGAAAGUUCCAGUUCUCAUCUCAUGGGCAAAAGGCACAUUUUUGUGUGCCUGUGAAAGCAAACACAUAUUGGUAUCCAAACAUGCCCUUAACAUAAUCUUUUCGAUUUCGCCUGAUUUUUAUUCGAACCAUUUCUUCAUCCUACAUCUACUGGCUGCUAGUUUUAUCAACUUGCUCUAUCAUUGCUUUAUGACGUUUCUUUUUUCUUUUUCUUUUUUUGUCUUGAAUUUGUUGUGCUAUAAUUAUCUCUCUCUCUCAAUUGGUUCCGUAGUAAUUGUCAAUUGGUUAUUUUCUUUCUCUCUCUACACACAAAUGUCAAUGACAAUUUCAAAAACCUCUCUCUCUCUCUCUCAAUUGGCUCCUUAGUAAUUGUCUUUUGGUCAUUUCUUUGUUGUGGUGUAGGAAAUGGUGGAUUUCCUGGUGGAUGUGUGGGAGCAAGAGGGCAUGUACGAUUAACUUCCCAUACCAAACACUCUCCAUUUGUGUAACAACAGCAACAAAAACAAACACUAUUAUUCUAUUCUUGAGGAACAAAUGCCCUAUCUUUCUUCCUACUACUAUUCCAACAAGCAAGCAUUGAUAGUUGACAUGAAUGAAUGAAGGCUUGUUAUAACCCAACAAAACUCUUGUAUUGUAAUGUAAUACAUGAUAUCUUCAACAGCUACAAGAGAGGGGGAUAACAGUUUUAUUUGCUCAAUUGCCAUGCAAAGAAGAAUAUUGGGUUGUUAGUUA